AUGUCAAAAGCUGUUUAUGCGAAGCUGUGGAUGGCCACAUCCCAGUACCACCUCAGGAGGAAUUUCGGAUGGAUGCACGUUUGGAAACGCAUUGCCCCGUGGGGAGUUGUCUACGGCGCUGCAGGCUCAUGGUUACUGUUCCCGGCGUUCCGCCCAGAGCUCAAGAAACAAGUUACACUAGGCUUCUGGCAGCCACCGGAAGUCGGGUACAACAAGUGUAUCAUGCCUUCGGAAGAAUCGGAAGCAUGA